UCUGCGUGAAGCUUCUGUCUGUUUGAGAUGAUGUUUUCCUUGCUUUUUAUUAAAUACUAAUGCAUCUUUGUGCUUUUUAUGUGCUAAAGUGAGUGAAAAGUGUCUAAAAAACAAAGUGAAAGUGCAGGCCUUGCCACCGGCACGAAGUUCUGUCAGUUUAGUGUUUUGAAAAGUUUGGACAAAGUUUACGCUUGGGAGUGGCGGUGUGUAUGUGUUGUCAUGUCUCAAGAAAAGUUUAUAUCACUUGUGAUAACUUGAUAGUCACUACCCCGGAGCACAGAAGUUGAGAUGGAGCCUGGUACGGCGAAGAUGGAUUCCAGUUUUGUGGACGAACGUGAAGAUGUCCAAAAGAAAACCUUCGCCAAAUGGAUAAACUCGCAGUUGGUUAAGAAUGACAAGCCGCUGGUGGAAGACCUGUUCCUCGACCUGCGCGACGGCGAGGUGCUGCUGUCGCUGCUGGAGAUCCUCACGGCGCAGCAAUAUAAACGCGAGCGGGGGCGCAUGCGCGUGCACCAGAUCAACAACGUGAACACGGCGCUGAGCGUGCUGGACGCCAGCGGCGUCAAGCUCGUCAACAUCAGCAGCAACGACAUCGUCGACGGCAACCCCAAGCUCACGCUCGGUCUCGUAUGGAGCAUAAUCCUGCACUGGCAGGUGCACUACCACCUGAAAGAUCUUAUGUCGGAACUUCAGCAGACUAACCUCGAGAAGACCCUACUCGCUUGGUGCCGAACGCAAACGCAGAACUACGUGGGCGUGAACGUGCGCAACUUCACGUCGUCGUGGAGCGACGGGCUGGCCUUCAACGCGCUGCUGCACCGCUGGCGGCCGCAGCUGUUCGACUACAGCGCGCUGCUGCGCCGCCCGCCCGCCGCGCGCCUCGACCACGCCUUCGCGCUCGCGCGGACCCAGCUCGCCAUCCCGCGCCUGCUGGACCCUGAGGACGUGAACACGCCGCACCCGGACAAGAAGUCGAUCAUGAUGUACGUGAUGUGCAUGUUCCAAUCGCUGCCGCACUCCAGCGAGGACGUGGCCGACGUCGACAGCCUGCCGUCCGAGCCCGGCACGCCGCGCGCCGAGCCCGACGCCGCCGAGGUGUCGGGCAGCCGGCCGGUGUCGACGGCGACGACGGCGUCGGCGGAGCUGGGCGGCUACGGCGCGGCGCUGGAGGACGCGCUGGCGUGGCUGCUGGAGGCGGAGGAGCGGCUGGCGGCGGCGGCCGCGCCCGAGGAGCACGCGCCGCUGGCCGAGCUCAAGGAGCACUUCCACCGCCACGAGCGCUUCCUGCUGGAGCUGGCGGAGCAGCAGGCGCGCGUGGGCGGCGUGCUGGACGCGGGCGCGCGCCUGCUGGCCGACGGCGGGCUGUCGCGCGACGAGGCGGCCGAGGUGCGCCUGCAGGGCCGCCUGCUGACGGGCCGCUGGGAGGAGCUGCGCGCGCGCGCCAUGCGGCGCCAGGCCGACGGCCACGCGGCGCUCAUGGCCGCGCAGCAGCGCCAGCUGGACGACUUCCGGCGCUGGCUCACGCGCACCGAGGACCGCAUCUCGCGCAUGGGCGAGCCCGAGCUGCGCGCCGUGGAGGCGCUGCACGCCGACCUGCGGCGCCGGCAGCCGCUGGUGGACGCGCUGGCCGACUGCGUGGUGGUGGUGGACGACGACGCCGCCGCGCCCGACCGCGUGGCCGAGAUCGAGGACCAGCUGACGGCGCUGGGCGAGCGCUGGUCGCACACGUGCGGCUGGACGCUGGCGCAGCUGGCGCGGCUGCGGGCGCUGCGCGCGCGCGACGACGCGCACCAGGAGCUGCUGCAAGCCUGCUCGCGGCACGAGGCCAGCCUCAAGCAGAUGGAGGCGAACCCGGUGUCGGAGAUCGGCGCGGUGCUGGCGCGCAUCGAGGAGCUGCAGCGCAUCAAGCGCUCGCUGGCCGCGCAGCAGGACGCGCUGGCCGCGCACUACGACGCCGUGCAGGCGCUGCUCGCCGACCACGCAGGUUCAGGUGAACGUGGACUAGUGGAGCGAGCAGAAGCUUUACAAGAUAGAUUGGACGCCCUCAACAUGAUACUAGAUGUUCAAGCACAACGGAUCAAAGAGCUCGGCUUCGAGUUUGACGUGGUGACGUCGGAGGAGCGCGCGGAAGCGUCGACGCCGAUGGACACGAGCCCGGCGGUGACGUCACCGGGCGCGGCGGGGACGGAGGGCGGCGGCGCCAAGAAGCCGCGCCUGAGCGACCCGCCGCCCGCGCCCGCCGACUUCCAGAUCGGCUUUCAUGUGUUCGACACGUGGGCCGACAACGCCGAGAAGACGCUUGAGGAGUGUGCGGACGAGCUGGAGCGGCGCGGCGGCAGGCGCCGCUCGCUGGGCGCGGCGCUGGAGCGCGUGGCGCAGGAGAGCGAGCUGCAGCGCGCCGACUUCGCCAACGUCGAGGAGAUCCAGCGCCGCCUCGCCGCCGACCCCGGCCUCGCAGAGGACGCCAAACAACACGCGGCGAGCAUAGAAGAACUCAAACGGCGAUGGGACAACAUCCAGCGGAAACUACUCGAGAUACGAAACACGAUGAACCUUCUGGAGGACAAGGACAACUUCUACAAGAACCUGGAAGCGUUCCAGAGGGAGCUCGACGAGAUUCACGAGUGGAAGGAGAAAAUGCUGACCGACAAAGCGACGAACAACCAACUGAUACACCUCCGAAACAAGAUACGCGCCCUCAAACAGUCGGAGAUGAAGCUGAAGGAGCUGAACGCGCAGUCGAUAAUACUGCUCACGAAAUCGAUAUCGAAAUCGCACAAGGACGAAAUCGAAGCGGACUCGAAGCGAGUCAACGACGCGUACGAGCGGCUGCUCACGCUGCUCAGCGCGCGCGAGGUGGAGCUCAAGCUGGCGCUCAGCAAGGGCCCGGGGCAGGCGCACGAGGACGACUUCAAGGGGCUGCAGGCCCGCAUCGAGCGCAUCGAGGGCCAGAUCAUAGCGGAGCACGCCAUCAUCUGCGACAAGCACAAGAUGGAGGACAAGCUCAAGGAGCUGACGCAGCUCAGGAAAGAGUUGGAGGAUCUGCAGAACACGUACGACGCCGUGGUCAAGGAGCGCCGCGAGAAGUACGCGAAGGGCAGCAUGGAGGAGCUCAACUUCAGGAGCAGCCUCGAGAACCUGGUCAUGAGAUACGGGGAUUCAAAAGCUAUAUUGGACCAGAAGAUUGGCAAAAUUGAGAAAGGGUUGAACCUUCUGAAUCAACUCGAAGAAGACAGACAGGAGCUGAGUAAAUGGCUCGGCAACGUAGAGGAAUUCGUGUCAGAAAACAGUUCGAUACCCGUGGGAGAGGUCGAGCAAUUGGAAAAAUUACUCGACAUUAGCAAUAAAUACGACGAAGAUAAGAAGAAGUACUUAUCCAAACUGGACUCUAUCCAAACGGCGAAGGACACGAUCCUCGAGGACUGUGAUGACAGCCUGUCCAAGAGCAUUCAGGCGAGCACCAAAGACCUGAAGUCGAGGUUCGACGCCGCCACAGACAAGGCCUUCAAGCUGAACGAGGGCCUCCGAAGAGCCUUGGAAAAGACCGAGGGGGUCUUCAGAAAAAUCGAAGAGAUGGAGCAGUGGCUCCAGGACAUUGAGGAGCAGAGCCCCAAGGAGGACGAGUGCGAGAUCAAGGACUCCGCCGAUUUGUACCAAAUGAAGGUCCGGUUCCAGACCUUGAAGGACAAGUGUGACGACAAAACUCCCGAGUUUAGAAAUUUGAACGAAGCAAGUAACGACAUCCUGCUGCAGGCGGAGGCGGCGCCGCCGGCCGCACUCACUAAACGCGUCACGCACAUCAACGCGCGUUGGACGCAAGUUACGCACGGCGUCUACGAGCGAUACAAGGUGCUGGCGGAGGCGUGGCACGAGACGGGCGAGCUGCGCGCGUGGCUGACGCAGGAGGCGGCGUGGCUGGACGGGCUGCAGCGCCGCCUGCGCCGCUCGCCCAACGCGCCCGCCGACGCCGAGGAGAUCACCGACGACCUCUACGACUUGGAGAACUACCUGCAGAACCACAGCGACGAGCGGCUGGCGCGCAUCCAGGACAUCGGCGAGCAGCUCGUGGGCGCGCACAUCAUGCCGGCCUGGAUCCGGGCGCAGGUCCGCGCCGUCUCCGACGCCUGGGACACGCACCGCGCGCAGGUAGCUGGCAGACAAGUGUCUACAUGCUAUACAGGGUGGAACUACCUGCAGAACCACAGCGACGAGCGGCUGGCGCGCAUCCAGGACAUCGGCGAGCAGCUCGUGGGCGCGCACAUCAUGCCGGCCUGGAUCCGGGCGCAGGUCCGCGCCGUCUCCGACGCCUGGGACACGCACCGCGCGCAGGCGGCGGCGCGGCUGCAGCUGCUGGAGCGCUCGGCGCGCGAGGCGGCGCAGUCGGAGCUGGCGCUGGACCGCCUGCAGCAGUGGCUCGACCGCCUGCUGGCCGCGCCCCCGGACCAGACGGAAGACAAGGAGAGUCUGAUGGAGGAGUUCCCGCGCCAGCGCCAAGUGGUGGAGGAGGUGCGGGCGCAGGUGCGCGCCUACCGCGACGCCGGCAAGCACGAGGCCGCCGCGCGCCUCGACGAGCAGCUCGAACUGGUCCUGCGCAAGUUCACCGCAGCGGAGGAACGGCUGGCGGCCAUGGGCGGUGGCAAACCGGCAGACGACGGCGACGACCUGAGCGCGCGGCUGACGCGAGCCACCAACACGCUGCGAGAGGUGCAGCGCGCCGCCGCCGCCGGCCUGCAGCUGGCCGGCGCCGGGCCCGACGCCGUGCGCCACCAGCUGCGCCGCUGCCUGAAAUUCUACCGCACGCUGAGCGAGAUCAAAGCAGAGGUGGAGGCUGUGAUCAAGAGCGGGCGGCGCGCGGCCGACGGCGCGCCCGACCUGUCGCGCCGCGUCGACCAGCUCAAGGAGCUGUACAACCGCCUCGGAGCACAGGUGACGGACGCCAAGGGCAAGCUGGAGGGCGCGCUGCUGCACGCGCGCGAGCUGCACGCCGACCUGGCUGAGCUGGCGCCGCGCCUCGACGCGCUCGUGGCCAGCCCCGCUCCUCGCGCUGGUGCCUCCCCGGCCCGGCAAGCGCUGGAGCUCGAACUAUCCCGGCUGGAAGCCACACACGACCGCCUGAACGCCAACUACCGGCACUUCGCCGAGCUGUGCGAGCCAGCACAGCUGCAGGACCUCAAGCAGCAGGUGGACGCCAUCAACCAACGCUGGGACGAGGCGCGGCGCCGCGCGGGCGGCCCAAGGGAGCCCUCGGUGCGCCGCUUGAUAACCGACGCUGAAGCCGAGCUGGCUGCGAACACAGCGCCGUCAGCGGCUCGCUUGACCCAGCUUGAAAAAGAACUCCGAGCGAGGGCAGCCGAGGUGGCGGCGCUCGAUGACGCGGCGCUCGCGGCCUCCUACGACCGUCUGCUGCAGAAGAUCGAGGCCGCCGCUCGCCCGGUCAAAGAGGAAGCGCUCGAAUACGAGAAAGUGACGGACACGAUCAAACGUCGGCUCGAAAGUCCCGUCGACACGCCCGACACCGAGAAACCGGAAUUGAAAAAGUCAAAAAUACCUCUGGCGUUGAACAGUCCGGUGCCGAUCCGCCGCGAGGUCAAGGAGGGCGGCUGCCGGAGCCGCGGCUCCUCGCUCGAGCGGGCCAAGUCCAAGGCCGACAGCCCCUGCGCCGACAGCCUGGUCAGCGGCAUGUCCUUCGACUCCAUAGAGCCGCCCCCGUCCCUCCCCUCCACGCCCGGGACGCCCAAGAAAGACAGCAGCACGUUUAAUCUCUUGAAGGACAGCGACCUGUUCACUCAGAUAUCGAAAAAUAAAAUCGAGCCAUCCGAACCUAAGCCAGUUCUAGAUGAGAAACCGAAAGUAUCUCCGUGCCACGUGGUGGCGAUAAAAGAACACGAAAUCGUAAAAGCGACCGUAAGUUCGCCCGAGCCAGCAAGCAACAUUGAGACGGCGGUGGAAUUUGUCCCGCAGAGAGUUGAGACCGUGGAAAUAGUAGACGAUACGGAGGGUGAUUCGGCCAGUGCCUCCUCGGAUUCGGAAGAGAAGCAGGAAGUCAAUAGGCGCCCGUCGGUAGAUUUGGGCUCGGAGCCGAAGACCUUUGUCGUUGAAGUGCGUACACUGGAGCAGCGCAUGCGGCCCACCCUCGGUGUUAUCAUGCGAAAGAGCGCUGAAGAUAAUGCGAAUGUUCCCGACUUGAUCCCCUCGGUUGAGAAACGGAACGACCUCGACUUUUCCACCCAGACUCCUCCCUGUACUCCAAUGGAAGAGGGAGAUAUGUCUCCACUGGACGACGCGGCUCUUAAACGUAACAUUCAGCACGUAAGAGAGGAUGAGGCCAACGAAUAUCUAAUUCUCGAGGAUGCUGUGUCUGAGUCUAUUCCAUCAACUGGGGACUCCAGCCCAUCGACUAAGGAAUCUAGUCCGUCGAUUAAGGAAUCUAUUCCAUCGACUAAGGAAGCUAGUCUUUCAACUAAGGAAUCUUCUCCUUCGACUGAGGAGUCUAGUCCUUUGACUAAAGAGGUUGAUACUGCUAAAGCGGAGGAGAAAGUUGACGUCCCAGAGUAUACAUACCCAUCCGAUUCUAGUGCUAAGUCGGCCGACAACGAAACGACCUCGAACGAUCACGAAGAGGAGGCGAUUUAUUCCGAAGUCGAAGAAACUGCUCAGACGGCGGCGUCGCCGGGCGCGCCGCUGUGCUCGUCGACGCCGGUGCGCGCGGCCACGGUGGUGGGCGUGUCGCACAAGGCGCCCGCCUCGCCCGUGUCGCCGGUUCCGCCAUCGCCUGUCGCCAGCCCCGUCGCCGAGAAGUACCAGAGGACCGACAACUUUGACGAUAUCUUAAAGAACCAACUGGGAGCCAUCGCCCCUGACGCGGCGGAGUUGAUUUCCCACGGUGAUUCACUGGUCUACGACAAGCACAAGGACGAUCCUCUCCUCGCUGACUACAUACAGACGCAUUACCAGGGCUACAGAAGACAAUACUACACUGAAUUCUGA